AUGGUUUCCUACGCUCGCCAGCACAGUUCUCAUCCAAAGCUAGCGUACGAGCUGUUGGACAUAACAGAAGACGUCUCGGAGUUCCUCCACCAGUACGGACCUUUCGAUCGCCUCUACUGCUUCAACAGUCUUAACCGCGUGAAAGACCAGCCGAAGGCAUGGAUCAACAUGGCGAAGCUACUGAAGCCUGGUGGUGAGUGCCUUCUGUUUUAUGGCGCUUGGUACGUUACACCAGAAAUUUGGAGGGCACUGGCCAGAAAGGAACGCUGGAGAAAGUUUGCAGAGGUGUGGGAAGGCCUCAUUCCGGCUUCACGGGACAUGGGGAGCAAUGAAGAUAGGCUGAACCACGUCCGAUCACUGGCGAAAGACGUUGGGCUGGAAUUGAGGAGCUGCGAGAUGGCUCACAUCUACCUCCCGCUGCAAGAAUGGUCCGGAAUGCUGACGGCAUUGAUACCAUGA